AUGGAGGACUCUGACUUUGACAUCAUUGAAAGUAUCAGUAGAUUGCUUAAUGAUGCAAAUUUCUCACCAAAUGAAUGUGAAUUACUACUACCUAAACUCAAUACCGUUGUACAAAAGACUUCUCAAAAUGAAGAGUACCGUCAUGCAAUGUCAUCUUCGGAACGAGUUUGGAGGCUCUUAUCAAGAUGCGGCGAUCCAAUAGAAAAUGUUGAGCAUAUUGAAGCUAGCCCUGAACGCAGAUUUUGGUAUCUCAGAACUUUGAGAGGCGUAGUUUUGCUCGCACGGAAUCUAUCCACAAGUAAUCAAGAUCUACCACAAAGCUUGCUGCUUGCAGAGAAACUCGUGCGACGCUUCAAUGCUCUAACAAUAUCUAAAAACUAUGAGCAUAUAGAACUGUCUCUCUACAGUAUGCUAUGCGAGCUUCUGUUCAAUUUAUCAAGAAUAUCAGUCGUUUUCGAUAAAGCUUCUUUUAAUGAUACUAUGACCUUCCUUCUAUAUCCCUUUGAUUUAGUGGAUAAAGAGCCGAUUUUGAUAGUGUAUGCAAUGUAUCUCCGAAAUCUUAGUGGAUCUGAGGAGUUCUUAUACUAUUUUCUAAAAAGCGAGGCGAUUGACAAGGUUCUAGGCUAUUUCGUUCGCGAACUACUUGCCAGCAACGUUAAACAUUCAAAAGAUUUACUGACUGAAGAGAGUGAUUUGGAGAACCUUUCGAAGCUAGAAACAAUUGAGGUUUCAACAUUCACACGUAUUGUUUGUCAUGAAUCAUUCGGCCCAUUUUUAGAGCACUUUCAAUCAAGCCAACCUAGAGCAUACUUCGAUUACUUGAAAAUGGCACAGUUGGUAAUUACAAGUUCUUCCGCGUGGGACAAAUUUCAACUGAUGGGAAUAAUGGCUUGGUGCUUCAGAGUAUUUGAAUCAGCCGUUCGUGACGUCGAGCAGUAUUUUGCACUUGGUACCGAAGAUGAAGGUAAGGCGGCAAUUAUACAUCAUAGUCUUUCCAUCUGUUUAGACAUCAUCUCAACCCUUUCUCAAUUCGAACAUGUUCGCAAAUUCAUCAUUUCUUAUAAAGGCGUGGAGCUUCUUGUCAAACUUUUGCAUGUUUUGCAGCAGAACUUACUACGAGUUAACAUGCUAAAACAGGGAGGUAAUGGCAUUCAAAAUAUGAAGGUCACGAAUAUGAACGGUGAAAAAAUCACUAGUCAAACUAUAUUGCACAGUAGAAUUGAUUUUGAGACAGGAAAGAUCAAGUCCACUAACUUCCCUGAGUGCAAAAUUCUGAUAAUCGAAACACUAGGGUUCUUGACUUAUAAAAACAAAGAAAUUCAGGACAUGUUGAGAAAUCUUCAAGCGCUAGAACUAGUACUUUCGAAUUGUGUUAUUGACGACAACGAUCCAUUCAUCAAGGAGCGUAGCAUAAUGUGCAUCAAGUUUUUGCUAGAUGAGAAUUCUGAAAAUCAGCAAUUCGUAGCUCAGCUAGAAGCAAAGCAGGCUGUUCAGGAUGAUACUCUAGCAGCAGCAGGAUACGAGCUAAAUGUGAAUGCCAAUGGGAAACUUGAGCUAGGGCCUAAACGGAAUGUGAUAAAUUGA